AUCUCAGUAUCCAGGAGGCCACCCCACGUGGGCCGGGGCGGAGGACCCCAUCCUCGGCCCCCCACCUCCAGCUCUGGAAAGUGUUGACAGGAGAACUGGGAACUGGAAAGUACUAGGUGAUCCCUGAGCAGCUCCGCCUUGUAUGUUUUUAGACAUGGACCAAAGACUUUCAGAGUUGGUAGAGGACCUCACCACUUCGGGAGAGCCCCAGCUGAACCCUGAGAAAAUGAAGGAGCUGAAGAAAAUUUGCAAGUCAUCGGAGGAGCAGCUGAGCCGCGCCUACCACCUGCUGAUGGCCCAGCUGAGCCAGGAGCACGCCGAGGUCCGCCUCUCUGCCUUCCAGAUCAUGGGCGAGCUUUUCGGCCGGUCUCACCUGUUCAGGGUGCUGGUUGUGUCCAACUUCCAGGAGUUCCUGGAGCUCACAUUGGGCACUGACCACAGGAAGCCUCUGCCGCCGCCCCGGGAGGUGGCCCAGAGGCUGAAGCAGGCCGUCGCCCUGGCUGUCCAGAGUUGGAACGAGAAGUUUGGCUCGGCCUAUAAGAAGCUUGCCUUGGGCUACCACUUCCUGAAACACAGCCAGCAGGUGGAUUUUCAGGAUGUGAACACUAGGACUCCGGUGGAGAGGAAGCGAGAGGAGGAAAAGCAGAGGCGCUUGGACCGGAUCUACCGGGAAAGGUCCGAGCAGGCCGUGCGGGAGAUGCAGGAAAUGUCUGAAGAAAUCCGGGGCUGCCUUGUGGAGGCGGACAGCUGCUUCCGGCUGCUGCUGCCCUUCGACUUGGGGCCUUGCCUGGGGGCUACCCCACCCACUGAGGCCCGUGCUAUGUCCAAGGAGGGCACCCCCUGCCCAGCCAGCACCCCUGACCUUGGGGACGAGGAGCAGCCGUGCUGCAGCAAGACCCUGCCUGGCUGUGCUCGCCCUCCAGUAGCCACCAGCGGGGAGGGGCUGAGCCAGGCCUCCACAGGGGCACCCUCAGAGGAGAAGGAGGACGAGGAGGAGGAGGAGGAGGAGGAGGAGGAGGAAGAUGACAGCGACCAGGAAGAGUUUGUGCGGCACCACGGGCUGGGCUCCCACAAGUAUACGCUGGACGUGGAGCUCCACUCAGACGGCCUGAGGGUGCAUGCGGAUGAGGACAACUGGGCUGUCAUCCAGUCGGCCCAGGACACGCUGAAGCUCAUCCAGAACAAGUUCCUGCCCGCUGUGUGCUCCUGGGUCCAGCUCCUCACCCGUGCAGGGACACACCGUGGGCACUUAGAGGCUGCUAUCGACCUGAAAGCGGAACUGGAAGCUGCCCUGAGGAGAUCCCGAGAGCUGGACAUCGAGCCCGCAGGGCUGCACAGGAGGGAGAUGGCGGCCCCGGGGGAUGAGGACGAGGACGACGAUGAUGACGACUUCGUGGAGGUUCCAGAGAAGGAGGGCUACGAAGCCUGUGUCCCCGACCACCUGUGGCCCAAGGGCGGGCUGGAGACGGACCCGGCUGUGCAGGCCAGGACGAGGGUGAGGAUGGACGAGGAGGCGAGUGACCCCACCUCUGCGGCCGCCCAACCUCACUGGCUGCGGGGCCACCUGACCCCAGCCCCGACGAGCCUGAGCCCCAGGGCACCACUGGGGCCAGAGGAGGCGGGGAAGCUGGCCGAGGAGCGGGCCCGGGCGCCCGUCCUGCCCUUCGGGGUGGAUCUGUGCAACUGGGGCCAGGAGCCGCCGGCAUCCGGACAGGUGGUCAAGGUCGAGUCUCAGCACCGCUUCUGGAAGCCCAGCGAGGUGGACGAGGAGGUGACCUGCGCCGAGGUCUCUGAGGGGCUGCGGAGUCGCCGCAUCACCUUCGCGGGGCGGUUCGAGCCCGUGCAGCACCGGUGCCGCGCCCCUAAGCCCAACGGCCAGCUCUGUGAGCGCCAGGACCGGCUGAAGUGCCCAUUCCACGGCAAGAUUGUCCCCAGAGAUGACACAGGGCGGCCGCUCUGCCCAGAGGACAGGGCCCGGGAGCAGAGGCAGCAGCUGCAGAGGCAGGCCCAGCGCCCAGACUGGCAGGACCCCGAGUUGAUGAGGGACGUGGAGGUAGCCAUGGGGGUGGACCUCGGCUCGUCCCGGGCCGGCGGGAGAGGCAGAGGCAAGAGGAGGAGGCACCCCCGCCUCACCAACCUGAAGCAGCAGGCCGACACCGCCCGCACACGCAUCGCCAAGAAGGUCUUCGCCAAGGCGGCCGUGCGGCGAGUGAGCGCAGCCCUGGACCAGAUGGACCGGAAGAAGCACAGGAAGUUCGAAAACCAGUUCAACUACGCUCUGAGCUAGGGGUGGGGUCCGCAGUGCCUCGGUCCACGGGCUCGUCAGCCCCUCUGCCUCCCCUGCAGUGGGCGGGAGGGCGCCAGGGGGAGGGAGAUACAGGGUGUGCCGUGGCCCAGCCCUCAUCGCCCAGCCUUCUGGGGUGGCCACUCGGGAAAUCGAGGAAAACCCACACUUGUGUGUCAACGCUCUUUCAACGCAAAUGCCAGGGGGCACGACCCUCCCACUCUGCCGCUCUGUUUCCUACUGCAGCCGUUCGUCUCCGCGUGGAGACUCCCUUCCUCUGUCCAGGAGAAGCCUGACAGGGCAGGGACGCACCCGGCGGGUGGCUCAGGGGCGUCAGGCACGUGUCCCGUGCGGUCCCGCGCCCCCCACCCCCGGGCCCUCCGAGCCCGCCUGUGUCCAUGCUCCCCGUGGGGGUCGAGGUGGUGCAUGGAGCCGUCACGGGCGUUCGUGUCUGGCUUCUUGGAAGCACCCGGCCCCAGGGCCCUUCCAAGUGGCAGUGUGGGUCGGGUGUCGGUCCCCUUUAUGGCCCUGCACGCUCCACCGUGCGGAGGCCCCCCUGAUCCGCCACCCCUCAGCUGCCUGUGGUGGUCGGCACGUCCCGGCUGUUGCGGGGAACGUGGCUGGAACACGGGUGUGCCACUUCUCUCGGGUGCAUAAGUAGGAGGGAGGUGCUGGGUCACCUGGCAUCUGUUCAUCACUGAACCCGCUGCCCACAGGGGCUCGGCCUCUGUGAGCUCGCGAGGUCGCGAGGGUUCGUCUUCCAGCUGCAGCCGCCCUUGGUGGUGAGGUGCUGUUUCCUAAGGGCUGACGGCGCUGAGCACCUCUUUGUUUUUUUAACUCCUCACCCAAGGAAACAUUUAUUGAUUUUAGAGAGAGAGGAAGGGGGAGGGGGAGAGAACAUCGAUGUGCGAGCGAAACGCCAGUGCCCUGCCCUGGGCUCGAACCCACAAACCGGGUGCGCAGGACGACGCUCCGGCCCCGAGCCCCUGGCCAGGGCGUGGGGAGCACCUUUCUCGUGCUUGCCGGCCGGCCGCCCGUCUUCGGAGGGAGGUCUGCUCGGGCCCCGGGCCGGAGCGAGCGAGUUCCCCGAAGGGCCGGCCGGGGCCCCGCGCCUGCCCGGCGGAGCGUCCCCCGCUCUGCCUUUGCCUUUGCCGUGGUGUGUUGUGAGGCACAACGGGCUGUUUUCUUCUUUCCUUUUUUUCCACGUUGGGGGUGACGUGCCGAUGUGAUGAUAGGUUUGCAGGGGCACGUGUUGCACAGGGGUGUGCACACCCGGCCGUCACGCUUACGAGCUGCAGAAGGGUCAGCAGUUGACUUUGACGCCGCACGGAGCCUGUGCUCCCGCUCACUGCCCGUGCGUUUUCUGAGGGUGUCGCGGGCUCGGCUUCUGAGUUCAGGCCUUCGCUCCUUUCGAGUUGACUGUUCCCCCCGGUGAGUGGCCGGCUCCCAGUGGCGUGAGCACCUUUGGUGAAAGGGCUGUCCUUUCCCUGUGGAAACAUCCGGCAACUCACUGAUCGUCAGUUGGCCACAGACUCGAGCUUAUUUCUGGGCUCUGGUUUCCGCCGCACAGAAGCCCUGGCGCCGGCUCGGCUGCGUCCUGGUCAGCAGGGCCUUGCGGUGUUUGGACGUGGGGAGAGUGGGCCCCCAGCCUCGCUCUGUGGCAGAACCGUGUGGGCGGUUCUGCGUCCCUGCUGCUUCCAAGGGCAUUUCAGGGUCGUUUCUGCGAAAAGAGAGAACCAGCGUGAAUUUCGGCAGAGGCCGCUCGGACUCCGAGCGCCACGUGGGACAGCGCCGCGCCCUGACGCCGUUCUCCGGUCCGCGGCGCCGUUUCGCGGCCGACGCUGGCGCAGCGGGUGGUGGUUUCUAGCACCGGCUUCGCACUGACCUAACUAUUCUGAGCAUUCCUUUUUUUUUAUGCUUUAUAGAGGAAAUUGUUCUCCGAGUUUUUGUUUUUGGCUUGUUGGUUGCUGGUGUGUAGAAACACAGCUGAUUUGCGUGUCGGCCUUGCCUCUGCGGCCGUGCUGAGCACAGGUGUCAGCCCCUUCAGUCCUGCAGGGCCGGGGGGUGUGGGCCUGUUCCCCCGGGUGGGACUGGGGGCGCCGUGCUCCGUCCUGUCAGAGGGGGGGGCUCCUGUGCUUCCCGCCUCUCAGCCGGGGUCCCGGCGGGCGUCCUGGGUCUUGACGGGCGUCCUGGGUCUUGGCGGGCGUCCUGGGUCCUGGAGCCAAGCGUGAUUCUCUCUGUCUUGCCGCCGCUGAGCUGAGCAGCGUGAGGUGGGCUGGGGCCUUCACGUCUGGUCUGAGCAGGGCGUUCUCUGCGUCCAGCUUGUCUGGGGUUCUUGUCACGAAGGCCUGCGGGUGGCGAGUCCCGCCAGGUGCUCUCCCUAACUCGACGGGCAGCCCUGCCCUCCAGCCCGGCACGUGGUGAACUGCGGUGAACCGUCGUGUGUUGGACCGGCUCACUGGGAGCUCGCAGUUCCAUGGCGUAGUUGGCGUGUUUUCCCGAGGUGUCUGCGUCCGUGCUUCUGAAAGACAGCGUGUGCGGCUUCCUCCGGGCAGAGGCCGUGUGCGAGGCGGAGCGGGUCCUCCACUGCCGUCUGUGGGCCUCAGACGUCGACAGUCACCAGUGAAGCCACCCGGGGCCGUGCUCUUCUCGGCGGGCAGCUGCCCUGCUGGCCCGUCCCGCUGCUUGUCCGGAGCCUGCGGGGCUGGCGGGGCGUCCGCUCCUGCCCGUGUCGGGGGCAGUGGUCGGUGUGUCUGCGAGUUUGCCUGCUUCACCUCAGUGUUUUCUAACUUUCUGGGGACUUCCGUGUUUACUCAUUGGGCACUUAGGAGUGUGUUGUUUAAUUACCACAUAAUUGUCAAUUUCCCUAACUUUUCUGUUAUUUCCAAUUUCAUUCCAUGGGGCCAAAGAAUAUGUUUCAUGGGAUUUCAGUCCUUUGAAAUCUGAGGCUUACUUUGCGGCCUUCCCGCUUUCCUGUGUGUCUCCCAGUUUUUUACUGUCUGUUGGACAUUUUCAACACCAGAUGUAGCAGCUCUGGAAGUUGGACCCACCACUGCCCGAUGUGCUGUGGCUGCUGUCCAUCUGUCCAGGGUCUGGAUGAGUUCUGUAAAGCCUGUGUCCUUUGUCACCCGUACCCCUGAGGUCUGCGCGGUCAGCCGGGUGACCAGCUAACGACGACCAGAGCGGCCCCUAGAGGCUCUGACGCACCCUGGCCGGUGUGGCUCAGUGGAUUGAGUGCGGGCCUACAAACCAGAGGGUUGCCAGUUCGAUCCCCAGUCAGGGCACGUGCCUGGGGUGUGGGCCAGGUCCCAGCAGGGGACGCACGAGAGGCCACCACACAGUGAUGUUUCUCUCCCACUCUUUCUCCUUCCCUUCUCCUGUCUCUAUAAAUAAAUAAAAUAUUUAUUUAAAAAAAAAAGGCUCUGACCCCAGAAGUCUUGCGGCGUUGUGCUGACAAGCCGUGGGGGCCCCUCAGCCCCCAGCCCCGCCUUCCGGCCUGUGCACAGCCUGUAGGUCGGCCGGACAGAAAGCGCGGCGUCUCCUCGGUGCGUGGAGACCCCGGCCUUCCUCUCCUUCGCCGCAGCCACCGGCAGGCGCGUCGCUGCACAGCCCUGCGGGUCAUCCUCAGCAGACCAGUCUGGAGCUGGCCGUGUGGAGCCAAGUGAGGACGAGCCUGGCGCGCGGGGCUUUUCCUGGCA